AUGUCCUCACAAGAGUAUGUGGACAAUGUGUUGAAGCAGUUUGAAGGGCUCAUUAAGCGCAAGGUGGGCCUCUCGGCUGCGUCGGGCUCGCCAACUGGUGCUGGUCUCGAUGAUGGGCACGGGGGUGGUGAGGUGGUGAAAAAGUCGGAGGCGGAGGCUGCGGCAGAUGUGCGCAAGUCGCUGCGGACUAUUUCGCGCGGUAUUGCCCUCUUUGCGGCUGGUCAUGUCGAGGCCAUCGCCACGUUCCUGAUGGGAGUGGCGGCCAAGUACCCGUCCGAGGUCUCGGACAACGUGUCGAUGCCGACCAAGGAAGAUCGGCCAGAUGACAUUGACGACCGGUCCGACGACGAUUCGGUCGAGUAUGCGGUCCUUCGGUCGCUUGUGGGCGUGGUUCGCCGAGUUAACGCCGCGGGCGAGGCGGCGUCGGCGGCGAUUCCAGACGCGCUCUUCAACUUUGCCUUCAAGUACUUGUUCUUUGCGUACACGCCCGCCAUUCAGCAUCAGGCGCGACUUGCGUUACAGGCGCUCUCCAAGUACCGGCUCAACGACGUGGUGGCGCUCUUUCUCAGCAAGAUGGGCGAGGUGAAGAAAGAUGCGGCCGAGCGCGAGUUUGUGCCCUACAUGCGCUCGCUCGGCUUGCUCCACUUUGCGCUCACCUCGCAGGCGUCGAUCGGCUCGUCAGUCCACUUUCUGGGCGUGCUCGCGCCGUUCCUCAAGGCACGCAAGCGGGGUGUGCUCAAGAAGGAGACAUGCCACACGCUGCAGUCGAUUGUGCGGGCGGCUCUCGCGCGGCCAGACGCUCCAGGCGCGCUGCUGUCGACGACUGAGGCGUCGGUGGCGACGCUCUCGUUUGUGGAAAACUUUGGCGGCAAGAUCCGGUUCACUAGCGAGGGCCUUGCGACGCGGGCGGCGUUCCUUGGCUCGGCCGAGACGGCCAAGCCAUUCUGGACCUGCUACGAGGCCAUCAUCGAGGUUGUGCUCAAGUGGCUCAAGACCAAGAAGCACAUCAGUUUUGUUCUCCCGCUCCUCACCACCCUCGUCAACUUUGCGUCGCCGGCGCUCUGGCUGGCAUACUCGGGCGCGCUGGUCAAGGCGCUGGUGGCCCACGCCAAGGACAAGUCGCUCCGCCCGCUUGUCCUUGAGCUGGCAUGCCUGUUUGUGGAAGAGCGGAGGCCGGAACUGUCGGAUGAGCCGCUGCGCAACGAGUUUGCCAACCACGUCCACACCCUCGCUGCGGCGCUCUUUGCCAAAAAGGCGUCGGUCAAGGGUACCGAGGGCCUGCUGGAGCGGUUCCUGGUCGGCGUCGGUGCGGUGUCGAUCAAGCUCGGGCUCGCGCUGGUCAUCUCGAUGUGCUCGGCGCCGUCGACGUCGGCCAACUACUCGAACGACCAAAAGGCGGUGGCCAUGUCGUCGCUCCACCUUUUGGCCAAGGAGCACGGGCCUGAGGCUGCGCACGCGGUUUCGCUCGCGUCGCCAUCGCUCAUCGGGUUUUGCGACACGGUCCUCUCGGCGUCCAACAUCGAGGCCAAGGACUACCCGCUGCUUGCGGCGGUCAUCGGGGCCAUGCCUGCGGUGUCCGAGUCGGAUCCGCUCCGGCAGCGCGACCUUGUGCGGCGGAUUGCGUACCUGACGACUCACCCGAAUCGGCAAGUUUCCGCGGCGGCGGUGCUCUCUGUCCAGGCGCACAUGCUGCUCUCGCCGGGCGACUUUGCGUUUGUCAUCCUCUCGGCGCUUACCAUCAUCCUCACCGAUUUUGACAAGCUUGUCGAGGAGUCGCUCCUUCGCGCCUUCCAGAACCUCAACCUCCUUCUUGACACGCUCUCGGAGAUUCUCGAAGCCAAGGGCACUGCGGUGCUUGCGCAGGCGCUGAGCUCGACGGACGUGGCCAAGCUGCGGUCGUCGAUGGAGGGUGUGGUCCUCAUUUGGUUCACCCACCACGAGCACUGGGUCCGGUCCGAGGUGGCGCGACUGCUGGUGACGCUCUCGCGGCCGGCGUUCCGCGAACUGGAGGCCGCGCUUGACCUCUCCGAGCACGCAUGGCUUGUCGACACGCUGGAGAUCCCGCCGUUGGAGGUUGCUGCCGACCAGGCGCCGUGGGUGACCGCUCUCCGUGACUUGCUCGCACACGCGUGGUUUGCGCACGCCGAUGCCAUCGCAUUCGGCUGGUCCAAGCUUGUGGCGCUUUCGUGGGACCUUGCGCCAGACGCGGUGCUGGUUAAGCAGCCCAGGGUUCUGCAGGCGGCGCUUCCGAUGUGGUCGUCGCAUGUGCGCUGGCUCUGCGCUGGGGUGCGCUCUGCAGCCGGGGCCGACGCGCUUCGCAAUGCGCCGUCGCUGCAGCACUCCCACUCGUCGUCGUCGCUGUCUGCAGCCAUGGCUGCGGCACGGUCCGAAGGUGCAGCAGGAGGCGAAGGCGGCAUGCACGGCUUUGACAUUCUCUCGCCGGUCCUCAUCUCCGAGUUUCUUACUAUUGUGGCGGAGCGUGUGUUCUCGCCCGUCGACGCGGUCGUCGACAUUCUCCUCGAUGCUGCCGAACACCUGCAUAUUUCGACGCACGGCGAGCUGCUGAGCCGGAUGGAGACCCAUCUGAAGGCGAGUCUGGUCAAAGACAAGGCGCGGGCCAAGGCGUUGCGGCUUGGCACGCCGGACGCCGAAGUUCCUGUUCUUGGUGCGGACGAGCGGUCGCUGAGGCUCAUAGCGGCGCUCUCACGGGCGCUUGUGAAGCGGCCGGAGCUGUACCUCUCGUCGCCGCUCUCGCUUGCGGUGAGCUCGUUUGUUUCAGGCUGGUUUGCCAACGCGCACCAGUGGACGGCGGAGAGCACGCCGAUCAGCCUGCGGAUCCAGGUGGCGGCGGUCCUCUCUCGGCACCUGCAGUUUGCGCUUGUCGACACCGAGCCGCGGGUGGUGUUCAACUUUCUGCGGGCGCUGCUGACGCCGCUCGGCUCGGCGCGGGCGCAGGAAGUGGCGUCGAACGUAGAGCUCGAGAGUCAUGUGAUGGCGGGGAUGAGCGCGCUGGUCAUGUCUGCGCGCGAUGGGCUGGAGCCGUCACUGGAGCAGGAGGUACUUGCUGAGCUUUCGCUGGCGGGCAUGCGAGGCGAGCACGUGCACGGCUACGCGGUGGGCGCGCUCGCAGAGCUGCUGGUCAACAACGCCGAGCUGCUUGGCUACUACGUGCUCAACUGCUACGAGACGCGCGAGGUGCCCAUGGACGGUCCAGAUGGGAAGGAACUCUUCCUAGCGUUUCCGGAGAACAAGGAUCUGUUCCUACAGGUUGUGACAGCAGAGAUCAUUGACCGUGACCGGCUCGACGUCCACCUCAACAACCGGUCGCCGCUCGGGCGGUUCGUCUACCUCGCCUUUGUGGCGCUGUGCUCGGGUUCGGAGCGGGCCCGUGUGCUCGGGCUCAAGCUUGCGUCUGGCCUCGCGCGGUCGCCGGUGGCGCAGCUGGAGGUCGGCACACACCUGCCUGUCAUUUCCAACUCGAACGCGUCGACGUACAUCGGGGUGGCGGUGGCGUACUCUAAGGCGCUUGCGGAGCGAUACCCGUGGCUCACGCUCGAGCUUUUUGGCCAAGCGGUGCAGUAUCUCAACUUGUGGACGUACGAGGAGCUGCUGAACGCGCUGCAGCUGCUCGCACCGUGGGCGCACCACCUCGGGACCCUGGCGGCGACGUCGGACACCGAGGCGUGGAAGCCGGAGCCUGGCAGUGCGUGGACGCGACCGCCGGACGGGGCGGUAGUGGUGGCCCGGAACGCGGGCUCGAUCUCCGACUCUGUGCAGAUGCUGCUCUCGUCGAUGUUUGAGCUGACCAAGGCUGCCGUCAAGGGCACGCCGCCGCUGCUUCCGGUCAUCGAGCGGGUGUGGUCGCUUGCGCUCCGUGGGAUGGAGCGGUGGGUGCUGGAGAAUGUCAUGGAUGAGGUGGUGACGUUCUUGUUCUCGCGGUAUGAGGCAUCGCUGGAGGCGCGGCAGAUGGAGCUGAAGGACGACCAACGGGUAGCGACGUACGUGACGGUGGUGCUCUCGCGAACACACGCGGUGGAAGCGCUCUCGCGGAGCUUGAUGCGGUUCUUCUCACGGCACACGUUUGCCAUCGAACUUGACGGCAACGCGUACGUGGCGCACGUCCAACCACUGCUGGAGGGAAGUGCUGUUGUUGGUGGCGGGGCAGCGCUCUCGCGGAAGCAGCAGUUUGCGCUCUUUGCGUUGCUGGAAGAGACCAUCUUUGAGCAGGCGCUGCGGUUCCUGCCUCACCUGCCACACCUGCUCCAGCUUGCGUUGGUGGUGUACGGAACGGAGCGGCCCGAGUGCGAGGUGUUUGUUCGCAACGUGGUGCACUCGCUUGGCAUCUGCCACGCAGUCUCCACGCUGCAGUUUGAGGCCGGCGCGACGCUGUUUGAGCAGAUGCGCGGCGUGGCCGGACUGGGCGUGGCGCAGCUGUCGAACGGGACCGGGCGAGUCGACGAGUCGACGUCGAGCACGGUGCUUGAGCUUGUGCGGGUGCUCAACGGGCGCGACGCCAAGUUUCAGGAUGCGUGGGCCGGAGUUGCCCUUCAGUGGGGGACACAGGAGGCCGACGAGAAGCUCGCGGUCGGAUCGCUGGCGCUGUACUCGAUCAUUGUGCGGCAUCUCGACGAGCGGGUGGUGGUCAAUCUGGGGCUCAACUCGAUGCUUGCGCUACGGUUUGGCCAGUUUGCGCGCGUCGACGCAGUGUGCCGGCUGCUGGCCAAGGUUGUGCGCGACGAAGGUGCGUCGGAUGGACUGGUCAAUAUGGCACUCGAUGUGGCGGCCAUUCUCGUCCGCUCACCGGUGGUGAGCAACUACGCGUCGGCGAUGUUGAUUCUGUCGACGGGCGUGGAGCUGUACGGCGCGGAGCGAGUCAUUCCGCGGUUUGCGGCCAUCUGGCACGAUGCGGAGCUCGGAGACGACUCGACGCUUGCGCGCGCGCUGUUCCUGGGGCUGACGGCGGACACGACGGCAGUGGAGGCCUUUGCGUUCUUCGAGAUUGUGGCCAUCCAGCACGCCGGCACGCUGGUCAACGACAACUCGCUAGUGGUGACGGUCCUUGUGCUCCACGCCCUUGCGCUGCUGCUUGCGCGGCCAGAGGCCAGUGACGACGGCAGCAGCGAAGGCCUAGAGCGCAAUGGCAGCUCGGGCUCUGUGAGCGGGGCGGGCGAGGGCGGCAAGGCGAUGGCCGGGCCGGCGACGCGGUUUGUGAAUUUCGUCGACGCGUUUGUGGAGGCGCAGGGCGAGGCACAGGCCGAGUCGCGCGGCGUCCUGCUGCAGAUGAAGGCGCUUGUGUGCGAGGUGUGGCGAGAGGAGGCAGCGGCGGGCGGCGGCGGGAAGCACGUGCUCGCGCUAUCUGACGACGUGGAGGACGACGAGCAGCUGGUGGCGGCCGAGGUGCGGGAGGCGUUCCUACCGCGGUUCUGCGAGCUGAUGGUGGGUCUGUGCCCGUCGCAGGCGUCGUACGAGUUUGUGGUGGACUUGCUUGUGCGGCUGCUAGAGGGCGGCGAGCGGUCGUGGGUGGCGCGCGAGUGCCACGUGCUUGUGGGUCUGCUGCAGGCGUACGAGCACUUUGAGCUGCUGGCGGACCACUUUGAGCGGAUGGCGUCGUUUGCAGUUGACGCGCUCUUUACCAUGUCGGCGAGCGUGGUGGGUGAGCUUGUCGAGUACGUGCACUCGCGGGCGCCGGACGAGGUGUCAAGCGAUGUGUUCCACUUUGAGUACGUGGCCGAGAUGCACUCGUACCAGGCGCUGCACGGGAGCGGACGAAGCGGGUUGAAGUUCUUCAAGCCGAUGGCGGCUACGCGUGAACGCAACGCGCUGGUUACGGCAGCGGUGACCAAGCUCGGCCAGCUGUUCCGAACCCAGACCGACGGUCUUGCCUUUGACCGCCGAGUCCGCGGCAAAGCGUCGUCGGCGCGGAUCCUUCCGUCGCGCCCGCGCAAGUCGUCGGUCUGGCUUCCGGAAGACGCCAAGGGCGGACUGGAGAAUGGGAGGGGCGCUGGCGCUAGUAGUGGCGGCAUCGAGCUGGCAGUCAAGCCGGUCCUCUCGGCGCACGGCGAGGCUGUGCUGAGUGGCCUCCUCGAGACUGACAGUGAGCAAGCCGGAAGCCUCGGCGAGGCUGCAGCGGAGGUGAUCUCGAGCUCUGCCGAGCUGAGUUUGAUAGCGCAGGCGUCAGGGGCCGAAGUUGUGGAGCUGGAGUUGGAUGUGGCCGAGGUUGAGGCCGAGAUCAAGACUGAGGUUGAGGCCGAAGUCGAGGCCGAUGACGAAGCUGAAGUUGAGGCCGAGAUUGAGGCCGAGGACAAAGCUGAGGUUGAGGCCGAGGUCGAGGCCGAGGUCGAGGCUGAAGUCGAGGCCGAGGUUGAGGCCGAGGUCGAGGCUGAGGUCGAGGCUGAAACCCAGGCUUUGGUGCUGAAUCUUCCGACCGAGACGGGCACCGACGGUGGCGAUCAGGGCCAGCUCAACACGUCAUCGAUCUCGCUGGCUGGUGCCAACCGCACGUUUGACACCGAUUCCGAGUCGUCGUCGGGAGGCAGCGAGGACGGAGCUGAUGUCGCAGACGGCGGAGCAAGUUGUGACGGCGGGCAGAGCUCGUCAGGCGGCGAGCUGGCAACGAUGGUUGUGCCAAAUGAGGCUGAUGCCGAGGUCGACAUCGACGAGAAUGAUCUGCUGAUCGAGUCGUUCCUGCGCGGUGAGUAUGGGGUUGGAGAGGGCGAGCUUCUUGCUGAAGAGGCAGAAGCCGAAGCCGAGGCCGAGGUCGAGACCAUGGUCGCGCAGCCGAAGCCACUGCCGCCCAACCCGACAGUCGCGGAGACGCCGUCGCCAGGGAAGAAGCGGCCGCGGCCGAUGCCACGCCCGCCGGGAAGCAAGUUGCCCGAGGUGGCGCCGCCGCCGGCGCCGGCCACCCCCGGGGCGGUGUCAGCGAGCUCAGGCUCGGGCUCGGACUCUGGAAGUGGGAGUGGAUCGAGCUCGGGUAGUGGCUCGGACUCGUCGUCAGGAAGCUCAGACUCGUCGUCGUCUUAGCUUUGUCUGUGCAGGGCGUGGUGUCGGUUCAUUCUGGCUCACGCUGUCGACGACGACGGCGAUGACGUGUGAACAUGCAUGACGGCAUGGAGAGAAGCUUCCCAGGCGAUACGUUCCGAGACGGACGAGGCCUUAAUGACGGUGGAUUUCGCCGAGGUAAACCAACCACUCUCAC